AUGGGGAGCUCAACGUCGAAAUUUCGUAAAGCGCUACAGCGCGGAGAAGGAGUUGAGGCCAUGCACAUUUAUCUGAAAAACCCAGACAUAAAACGUAAUCUAGACCCCAACCACAGUUUUGGCGUUAAUCACGGCCAUAAUACAGCACUACAUUACGCUGCUUUGCACGGUAUGAAAGCUUUUGUGCGAGAAUUCCUAGAGGAGCACGCAAACCCGAACAUUCGAAAUGCUUUGGGCCAAAAUUCUCUACACUGUAUUUGUUCCGUGACGCACAUGUACCAGGUGAAUGAGUCAUCUGUUGACAAGACCAGGGCUGAGUGUUUGUCUAAUCUUUUAGCUUGGAAUUCAAGCAACCAAGAGGAAAUAGCCGCCGAGAUAGAUGGAAAAGAUGAGGUAUAAAAUUAGUUGACGAAGUUAUAGCAAGUCCAUGUGAUUGAAAGAACUUCCGCUUGUCGUGGCUUAGUGAGUUUCACUCUGAUAUCUUCGAGACGCUUAUAUUAUUCAUUUAAUACUCGAUUGUCUUCAUCAAAGCAAACAAGUUUUGGUAUUUAUUCAUCAGUUGUAAUUUACUCGUGGAUGCCAGUGAAAAUGUGUCAAAAAAAAAACUUUUAUAGAAAUACUUUUGCAUUUGAAAAAGUAGAGUACAAUAUUAAAAUACAUGUACAGUAAAGAAAUUGGGACUAAAAUGUCGAAAAAAAACGUUUUUGAUUUUUCCUUUUUUGGUAUUUGGUAUCCAUUUUUUUAACGCAACUGUUUCACACAUGAUAGUUUGUGUCAGUUUUUUCAGUAAAAUUCAUGUAUGCUGUAUAAAGUCUGGGAGAUGACAAAAUUACAUAAUUCAGGUAGAAAACAUGACAGCAAUUUUAUUGAGUCUAUCAAAUCUAAAAAAGCAGGUGCAGCUUCUUAGCAAACAUAAAUGGAGUUACUUUGAAUUUUUUUGCAUUCAGACAGUCAAGUUUGUUUUCAUCAGAAAAAUAUGUAUGAUGUAAUCUAAACAGAUAAUGUUGAAAUUCAGUGAGAGAAAAAGAUAUAGUCUGUUGCAAAAUAUAGUCAGUCAUAAUUCCCCACAAUUAUUGCAGGCCUGCAAAUACCAUUUUUCUCUUUAGGAUGAAUAUAUAGACAACAAACCAGAAAUGUUGUCUGACAUACACUAAAUAUAUGUUAACUUUUAAUUUCUUUAAUUACUAUGCAAAUCUUAAGCUACAAAAUAUCUUUGGUAUUUGAUCUUUGUGGUCAUCAUGUCUGAUUGCUGGAAGGAUUUUAUCAGACAUGGAGAAAUGUUAUUAAAACAUUGAUCAGAUCAGAAGUUUUUAAGUAAUUUGUGUGUUGGAUGGAACAAAUUAUUAAUCAGUAUGCAUACAAGCCUGUUUGUUUGAAAAAUUAUUAAUAGAACUAACAAACCAUGGCAGGAUCAGCUCACUCGGUAGAGCGCUUGACUGCAGAGCGGGAGGUCGCGGGUUCAAUUCCCGGGGCCGGACCAAUACUCAGGGUCUUAAAAUAACUGAGAAAUGAUAGUACUUUCUUUGCCCUGCAGGCGGCUGAACCUUCGCGUGGCUCGGAUGACCAUGUAAAAUGGCGGUCCCGUCUCCAUCAGGAGACAAUAAAAUAUAGUGUCCCCAAUUAGCACUUUCGUGCUAAAUACAUUGACACUCAAAUAAAGUGCAUUUUUUUUUAUUACAUGAAGCUCGAUUCUAAUUUAUUGCUGGCAAUUGAAAAUAUGUGACAAAGCAAAAGAACUUAAAACAGCCAAGUCUUCUUUUACAGCACUAAACUAGGCAGUCAGUAGUGAAUACAGUAUUAGUUAAGAGCCAAGCAACCUCAGGGUUCAAACAAAAUGGUAUAAUUUAGAUAAUGUAGAUUUACUCAAGGUUUAUGUAGAAAGUUUUCUAUAACCAAGAGGGCCAACUCAAUAGCCAAUUUUCAUCAGCAGUACUACAACUUGUAUGAUGUCUCAAUGAAAGUGGUGAAUAUUCAAUAUGGUAACAUUCUAAUGACUAUAAUAUGUGUACGUUUUUUAGGCUGGUAACACACCCUUGCAUUAUGCUGCUAGAUCAGGUCUUUUUCACUGUGUUCAGGUAAGCAUGCUCUUGCUAGGGAACAUUGCUGUGAGAACUUUACAACUCACCAGGUGAUUGGGGGAUCUUUGCCAAAACUGGGAGUCCCCAAGGGAGUCUGGGAGACUAAGCAGCUCUGCACCAUUUUUACCUGAAAUAUUAUUUUUAUUUUUAAGAUCUUGGUUGCCUCUGGUGCCUCCUUGUAUGAAGAAAAUAAAAAUGGAGAGACUGCCUGUGAUUGUGCAAUAAAAGGGAACUUUAAUGACAUUGCAUCCUUCUUGGAAUCAAGAAUGGUUUUCUCUGUAAGUAUGGAUCAUGUUUCUAAGUUAAAGAAAUCUUCAACUGAUGCCACAUGUACAUGUAUCAGAUGAAACUGGGAAGGAAUUUAAUACUUACAGAAAAACGAAAAGGCUGCUUUAACCCAUGAUUCAAAUUCUAAAUCAAUUUUGGGUUGAAUACUGGUUUAGUCUGAGGAACAAUUUUUCCCUUUAGCAAACAAUGACAACCAAAAGUCAUGCUGUAAUUAUGGGGUAGUGUAAUUAAUUAAUUAGUUAUCAUUAUUCUUAUCAUUAUUAUUUUUUCAUUUUCUUUCAAACUAUGUUCUAAGGAGAGUCCAAGUGCCAUCGCUGUUGAGGAACCUAUAUUUGUUAACACAGAUGACGAGGUAUGAUUAAUUGUAGGUGACUUGUUGAGGUGGCUGGAUACAGAUUUGCUACUGGUUUAAAAAGGAAAUAAUUAUUUUAUUAUCAUCAUUAUAUUUUAGAAACAAUAUCGAGGCCUCUGUGCGCAAGAUCUACAAGAAGCUAAGGACUUGAUGCUUGUGGAGACUGCCGAUAUGCUCAGGGUAGGAAUUGCAGUUCAAUAAGAAGUGUCUUUGUGAAGUUCAGUUCUAUCUACAUGUAGUUGAAAUAAAUUGUUAGCAAUUAAAUAAUGCUCUCAAGAUCUCAAAGGACUCAUUUGAAAGUGUUUGUUUUGUCCUCUUGGACCAAGGGAGAAAAAUCAACAACACAUUGAACCCACAGAUGGUGUCGAUCUCCACACUACCGCCCCCCCCCCCCAACCCUGAUUUGAACACAGGCCACAGUGAUAGAAGACAAGUGCUCUCACAACCAUGCCCUUUGAAACCGAGAAUUAUUUAACUAAACAUGAAGUCGUGUUGUUCUUGUUUAGGUACCAUUAUUCACUGCAGAGGGUCUGCUGCGGAACCAUGGUUAGUGAAGUUUCGUCAGCAUAUAACCAUUACCUGUUAACAAUACCCAACAUAUCUUCAGGAAAAUUCAGAUUCAGUAGGAAUUGCUUUUCUAAAGAUUUUUAUCGUGGUGUUAAUUUUUUUAUUGGCACUGUGCCUUAAUAAUCUUUUGAAAGUCUGUCAUGUCUUAACUUUAAUCCAGCCACAGGCUCAGUUUCACAACCAUGGACAAAAGAAGUCUGUAAAAUGUUUUGUCCAUUAAACUGUGGCAGGGUAAUGGUGAGUUUUUCAUUGUACGUGUAGAUUGGUCCAAGGAGGCUCUGAUUGAAGCAUGGAUGACUGAUCCUGUUGCUGCUUGUGAAAAAGCUGGAGUUACUCUUCCAGAGAGUAAGAAAGUGUUAUAAUACUGUAAUGUAAAGUUGAUGUAAUGUAUUGUAGUUUUUGUUUGCUUUUGAAAAAUAAGUAUUUAUGAUAUGUCUGGAAUCCUUAUUUCUCACUAUACAAUGUCAGAUCAAUACGAUUUAAGAAUGUCAGGCCCUUGAAAAACCAACACACUGUUAGCUGUUAUGAUUGAGUCAGAAAAUGCUGAUCUUUCAUUUCCGUGUCAUCAAGAUUGUAAUGUGUGUCAUCAACUCCUGACUUCUAGUGACCAGCCAAGGAGCUUGCUAAAAUGGUUGUAAAGACAAUGAGCAAUUGGCUUUAAUAUUAUUGUUGUGGGCAUGCACAGCUCCAGUGCUCAAGAAUGCCUGUGAAGCUAGCAGGAUUGCAACAGGAAGGCAAUUAUUAAGGAGGCUUUCUUAACUCUAGUAAAACAUUUUUGUGCGAGAAACUGCCUUGUUAGCCAACCAUGGGCCCAUCAGGAGUUUCCAUUCUUAACACAACCACUUAUAUGUAGCAUAGAGGUUGAAAUAUAUUGAUUUUUUUGGCCUUUUCUCUUUCAUGUAAACCAGAUCAUCAGACAGGCAAUGCUGAACUUGAAGAGAAAGCAAAACUUGCCAGAAAAAGUAACUUUAGAAGUUCUGUGAGUAUGCAUGAAUUCAUAAGAAAUGUGAUUAUCCAACAUUGCGACUUGUCUCCAUGGACAUAGUUCAGGUCUUAUUUUGUUUUCUUUUAGAUAACUUUUUCUUGAUUCAUGUUUUGUUUGUUUGCUGUUCAUAGGAGGUUUGUUCUAUCUGUGUGGAAGAAAUAGUCUAUGAAGAUGUUCCACUAUCUCUUUCCUGUGGUCAUGAAUUCUGCCGCUCCUGUUGGGAGAGGUCUGUACAUGUAUUUAAAGUCUAUAAUCUUUCUGUUUUUCUGUCUAUAAAUGUUGUUUUCUGCUGGGUGAGAAAUGAAAGAGGCAGAAAUAUUUUUCUCACACACAUCUGGGAGUCUGGGUACUAGUGUGUUGAGGGUCUUGACUUGUCAUAUGAUUGGUUGUAAUGUACCAUUGCCUGACCUCCCACCCACCCACCCACUCUUGAAGCUGAGUAGUUUUAAGCGAUUGCCUCUGAAGGUCAUUUACUAUCUCUUUCAUAGCUACUAGUUUCCCUCAGGAUAUAUUUUUAGUUAAACAUUAUGUUCUUCAUGGCAGAUACUUAAAUGAGAAGAUUAAAGAUGGAAAAGCACAUGGUAUUCAGUGUCCUGCAUUUGAUUGUAGUGCUUUAGUGCCUGUGGUGAGUAGUUUUUAAUAAUGUAAACAAACAAACUUGCAGUAGAAAGAGAGUUUUUAACCUGCACCUGCACCUGCACCUGCACCUGUAGUCAUGGUGACUGUUGGGGUGUCAUGGACCUAGCAACUCUUUCCCUCCAUUUGAUUUUGUUUUCUUAUUUUCUUAGGGCAUCACAAAACUUCAAUCCUGUCCACUCAAAGAUGUUAUUCUCCCAACGCUUUUUUUGACAGCCUCUUCUUCUCCCUCCUUGCACUGUUCCUUGUAAGAUUGCCUUUUGCCUUGACAAGCCCUGCUGAUCUUGAUACAUGCCCAAACCACUUUCACUUGCGUUUCUUUACCGUGGUUAAAAGAUGUCAUCAUAGGGCCCAAUUUCCUGCCUGAUUCUGUCUCUGACUGCAUUGUUAGUGAUGUGGUCUCUGUAUGAGAUGCUAAGCAGUUUCUUAAAGCAUCUCAUCUCAGUGGCCUACAAUUUCUUUAGGAUGUCCACUGUCAAUGUUCGGGUAUUGCAGGUAUACAACUGUACUGAGAGAACCAGGGAGAGCAUAAGUCUGAUCUUUGAGCUUAGAGAGAUAUGCUUAUCAUUCCAGAUGGUCUUCAGUUUCGCUAGUGCUGCUGUUGUCUGUGCAAUUAUGGACAGUACUUCAGGCAGCUUAGGAACUUGAUCUGUGAUGACUGCGCCCAGAUACCUUUACUUUAAGCUGUCAACCUUGUCCAAUUUUUCACCAUUGAUCCUGAUCUCCAUGCUGAUGCCAUUUGUGUUGUUGGUCAUCAGUUUGGUCUUAAACCACUUAUAGAUAUAUUCUCUCAAUAAAAUAGUAACGUUUUUUCUAUUGUCACUGAUCCUUUUGUUGUUGUUUUUUAACUCUAGGAAACUAUUGAAAGCCUUGUCUCAAGAGAGAUGGCAAAGAGAUACCUUCAUUUUGAUAUAAAGGUCUGAAUUUAACAAUAUUGUAUAUUUAAAGUCUUUACAUUCAUUCAAAUGGUACUGCGCAUACCUAAAAAUAUCAUUUUGAGGGUUUCCUAAGUCAUGGUUUUCUUAUUUUCAUGUUUGACUUUAGUAGAUGGAGUGACUUAAAUUAACUAUUAAAUUUCAACCUUUUAAGCAAGCCUUUAGGAACCAUUUCCAGUUUGUUCACAGAUGCUUAUAACUCAUAUGAAUGGCACAAUAUAUAUUAUUUCAUAAAUGACGAGUUGUAACAUACUUUUGGCAGGAAUUUGUUGAGAGUAAUCCCAGUUUGAAAUGGUGUCCAUUUCCUCGGUGUGGCCGAGCUGUGCGUCUCCCACUUAGCAUGCUACCCUCAUCACCUGUUGCUCGGGAAGUGAGCUCAUCAGAAGAAACAGAACCCAUGAUUGUAGACUGCGGUCAAGGUCAUUUUUUCUGCUGGUAAGUUAGUAAGCAUAGGAUACUCACCAAUAUAUGCAAAGAUCAAAGUGAAAGAAGGGGCCUAUGCUAAUGGAGUGUGUUUGGUAUGGAUACUUUACAAAUUACUUAGAGUCAGUGGAAGAACUCAGAAAAGGGUUAGUGCCUAAUCGCAGUGAAUGGGAUAUAAAUCUUUCACAGGAGAAGUCACAGAGAUUAGCACAGGCUACCCACUUUCUACUAAAAGCACGGUUCCCAUUAAGUAUACACUAUUUUGAUCUAGGUUUUGUCAGUUUAGAGAAAUGUAUGAUGUUUUCAAUCUCAUUUCAUACUCCUUGUGAACAAAAUCAUUUAAUGAUAAAGUUGGAAGCCCUGAAAGGAUCUUUUCACAUUCUAUACUGCAAGAAAUAAAAGUUGGAAACUGAGAGUGGUUUAUACUCACAUGGGUGAAGAUCAUUAAGAUUGUCUUAAAAGCAUAUUUUGUAGAAAUGGAGCAAUUUGUUUGAAACAGUUUUCUUGAACCUCAGGCACUGUGCACAGGAAGCCCAUGCUCCUUGUAGCUGUGAACUGUGGCGUAAAUGGCGGAAGAAAAUUGCAGAGAUGAUGCCAAAGAUACCAACCACAAAAGGUCAACUAAAUUCUUACUGCUACAGUCAGUGUCUGGCACUAUAAGUAUCUGUCUGGGACAGGUGUCUACCUUGUGACAAAUAUCCAAGAAAAUGACCCAAGAAUGGCAGGAUUACCAACUUAAGGUUGCCAUUCUCGGGAAGUGGUUCUGAAAGAGCUGAAUGCAUUAUAGCACAUGUUUUGCAGUCAUUUAGAACUGCUUUAAGCUUUGUUUGCAUGAAGGGAGAGUGAAGGUCCAUUGAGGAGCUUCCCCUUCUCUAUUUGUGUCCGAGCUUCUUUGCAUAAGAGGUGUGGCUACCCUAGGCUAGGUAGAGGGUUACCCUAUCUGCUCUCGAUGACAUUGUAACUCUACUAGGAAGGUUAAUUUCUUUGUGGCCUUGUAAAAUGGUCCCGCUAUGGUUACACUCCUAAAGGGAGUCAAGUGAAAGUUCAAGUCAAAAUACCAUAUAUGCAAGUUUCAGUGGCAAGAUAGCUCUUCCCUUAACCUUGUUUAUGUUAAGAGGAUUAUCCUCCUCCCUUUUCAAACAGGGCUUAAGACUUUGCUGACAACUGCAUUUCUGCUCUGAUUUGCGUUUUAGAUGUUUCCGAGUGUCCUGAAACAGAAGUUGUUGCAAACACCUUAUGGCUAGUAACAAACUCUAAAUGCUGCCCUAACUGCAAGUGAGUCAGCUAGUUUUUUUGUUGGACAGGCUUACUCACAGGCAAUGUUGUGAAAUCAAGAAAUAUUGCACUUCCCCACACCUGCAAAGUUUUGCAUGUACUGUACAUGUUUUAGUGCAACAUUAGUCAGUUAGAGAGUAUAAUUAUUGGUAAAAGCUUUAUUUUGAUACUGAAGCAAAAGCACACAGAUUACUAAAUAUAUACACACUACUGGAAGGUCUAGAAGAUUUCUUUUGUUAGCACACAUUUUACCUACAGGGAAUUGCAAACUACAGUAUGCUUUAUGGUGUCAAGUUAUGCAAUGAUUGUUGCUUUCUAGAUCGCCCAUUCAGAAGAAUGAAGGAUGUAAUCAUAUGAAAUGCACAAAAGUAUGUAUCUUUUAACUGGAUUAUAAUUAUUUUUUCUUUCCAUUGAUCUUUUAGCAUUUAGCUCUUCCCCUUCACAAUAUCUGCAUGUUUGAUAACUUUGCUGAUUUAUUUUUUUCUUGGUUUGUUUUAGUGUAAACAUGAGUUCUGCUGGGUUUGCCUUGAACAGUGGAAGAAACACAGUUCAGCUACAGGAGGUUAUUUUAGGUUUGUACAACAAUAAAUUCUUCACCAGGUUGAGCCAAUUAAUGUACAGUCCUGACAUUAUACACUAUCGUAAAAAAAGCAAAAGACGUGUGUGUUAACCAUGACAGGUUUAGCUCAGUCAGUAGGGCCCUGACCUGCAGAAGGAGGAGGAGUGGGGGGCAGGUUGUGGGUUUGAUCCCAAGUGUGCAUUAAUGACAGCAGUUUUACCUCAGUCAGGAUGUUAUUGGUUCAAUCCCCAGGGUCAGACCAACACUUAAGGUCUUUAGAUAAAAAGUGCGCAUCAACUGCAUCAGGUUUUGCUCAGUCAGUUGAGUGCUGGAUUGCCGAGCAGGAUAUUGCUGCUUGAAUCCUCAGGGCCAGACCAACACUUAGGGUCUUAAAUAGGCAUGAAAGUGUGUGUUAACUGCAACAGGUUUGGCUCAGUCAGUAGAGCAAUGGACUUCAGCAGGGGAGGGGAGGUUGUGGGUUUGAUCCCCAAGGCUGGACUAACACUAGGGGUCUUCAAAAAAAAGAGAAACAAAGGUACUGCGUCCUUUGCCCAGAAAGCAGAUUAGAGACCUUCACUAGGCUUGGAUGAUGACAUAGAAAUUGCAGUCUCUUCUAAAUUAAGCCAUUAAACUAGGUUUAUGUGACAAACAUUCUGCAUACUGCUAAGAACAUUUUAUUUAAUAUUUUAUUUUUUAUUUGCAGGUGUAAUAGAUUUGAAGUAGUGCAAAAAGUAGAAACAGAAUCAGCUAAGCUAGUGUCAGAGGUAAUGUUUUUUUAAAUCCAUUCUGUAAUAUUACUUGAAAUAAAAAAUAUAUAUAUCUAUAAGUGAUAGUUGUAUCUUUAGAGGCAAGUAUCAGAAAACUUAAAGAAGUACGGCAGAAGUAUAUGCUUCUGAAUACGGCUUAUAGCGGCUUGGUUAUUGCUGUUCGAUAGGAUUCACCAUAGUAGAACAAAAGGUAUACAAGACAGGUAACUAGAUUGUUUAUAUGUACACGUAACUCGUUUUGUGUUUCGUGUUUAAAUCAGUUUUGUACCCUCCAAGCUUAGCUUCAGACUAUAUCCAUGUCUCCCUACCCUUCUGAAAUACUCGUUUGUCAUUUAUUUUAACAGGCAAGUACAAAAAAUGCCCAAAUAGUAGAGUUGAAUUGUUUCCUACAUUACUACUCUCGCUUCAAGAAUCACGAAAAUAGUUACAAGGUAAAGGCUUUUACUCACCUGGAGUGCUUUUUACUUUCUGCUUUUGUCAGCCUUGAGGGGAGGGGAGGGGAGGGAAGGGGCUCCUUUUUCCUCAAACUUUACUUUUUUGUGUUUUAGUUUGAAGAGCCUUUAUUGGGAACAGCUAAAGAUAAAAUGACAGCUCUGGCGAUGGCUGCCAUAGAAACAGGUAAGCCAAAAUCAUUAAAGCCUUUCUAAGAUAUUAAAAGGCUUUCCCUCUUCACAAAGAUGACCCAGGGCAAACGAGAUAACAGUCCAAACAGAUUCAAGCCAGCAUUUUGAAACGUUUUUACUUGUAAGUACCCCUUAAUUCGUGUCUGUGUGAUAUUUUAUUGGCUUUUUCGUGACUGGCCAUUUUGUUACACUUCAGCAUAGCUGGAUGGUGUUGUUUUCAACUGCAGUAAUGAGGAUGGUGCAGUUAAUAUUUUAUUUCGGUUGAUUUUUUUCAUUUCAGAAGUUUUUGUUUUUCCUUUGUUUCAAAUUCAUUAGCAUGCAUAACCAUACCCCCAAACAAAGGAAAAACAAAAAUCAAGCACAACUGGGACCUUAUCGCUCUGUAUUGGCUAUUACAAGAUUGUGCGAGAAAUUAGGUCAAAAUUUCUUCCCCCAAAAUUCCCAUAGUACAAUUCAGUACUUAACCACCCAGUCUGAAGCGCCACAUCAAAAGUGCCAAUAACUUAGUGGUAAAUCAUAUCCAACAAAUCACGUUUUUUGCCCAUUGCAGUAAAAUCAAAUUUAAGUACCAAUAGGAUUAAGUUUCAUUUUGAUUAACUGAUUGAUUGUUGCUUGAUUUAUUGCAGCAUCAGCAGAUAAUGUUGAUACGUCUUUCAUCGAGGAUGCUGUGCAUGAAUUACUUAACGCAAGAAGAGUUUUACGAGCAUCAUAUCCUUAUGGUUAUUAUCUUACCGGCAAUAAAGACAAGAAAGCAAUAUUUGAGUCCAUGCAGGUUAGCGUUGUUACAUGUUUACGUUAUGAUCAGUCGUGUUUUAUUAGCUUUGCUCUCUCGUUAUUGUGAACAGCUUAAAGUCGUCCCUGAGUCCACUAGCUGCUGUUAGGUUUUGUACGACAUUGCUUUCAUUGUUGUAGUUGUUUUUUUUUUCAUCAACUGCUUAUGACGUUAGAGUUACAGAAGAGUUUGCAGAACCUGCCUCCUCCGCAGGCUUACCAAGGCAUAGUUGGGGGACACGGACUUUUAACCCUUUAAACCCUAACAUCAAAAUUCAAAUUCUCAUUUGUGAUCCCUAUACGUUUUCAAUAGAAGUAGUGGGGAGAAUUUGUUGAAGUACCAAUUAGAUUCAUCUUGUGUGAUCAUGUCCUUAAUUCUCAUGAACACUCUGUUUUAUAAAGCAGUGAUAUUACAAGGAGAAAUUUGACGCCGAUCACUCUUUGGGCUUAGAGGGUUAAAGCGGGCUGCUGGAGACUUGCGAGUGGGAGUUGAUAGCGCGAGCGGGGAGUGAUGGGAAGGAAAACGAGAGAAAAAUGAAAUACAGAUCAAAUGCACGAUUCAAGUAGCCUGCGCAUGCGUAGUAAGCGUCUCUGUGCGGUUUAGGAGCAAAGAACAAGGAACAAGAGUCAAAGACCGCGCGAAAAAUGGCGCAAGUAAAAGAGCGGGGAGGGGGUGGAGAAGAAAGGAAGGUUUACUUCCUUCCCCUCCCCCUCCCCCUCUUUCAUUUUUUGGCUCUCGUUUCAUUUCUUGCGCGGUCAAAACCGAAAAUCCCGUUCCUCGGUUUUUUUUGCUCCGAAACUAAACGGAAAACGCUUGCUACGCAGGCCACGAUUCAAGCAAAGUUAAUUUUCAGUUAGUAUAACAUUCUGUGACACUCCCCAGAUACCCCUCCACUAACCCAAUAUUAACACUCUCUUCUCGCAUUGGGCAAAGUGUUGGGUAUUUAACUUUCAAGUAUUGCUCUUUUUUUGGCCUUUAGACUGAAGUAGAAGAAGCUACUGAGACUUUGUCUCAGAUGGUGGCUCGACCUUAUUUGAGAACUCCGCGUGCAAAGAUAAUUCAAACAACCCAGCUACUGCAUAGAAAGCGACAGGACUUUUUGUUGGCUUUGUCUCGAGGGGUUAUUCCUGAUGACGAUCAGCUUUCACAGCCGACAGGCUUUGUUGACAGGUAAGUGUUUGUCUUUGCUAGAAAGGGUAGACGGGGGCAGGGGGUGUCGCAAGACAGGUUUUAAUAGCCGCACAUAGUGAAAACAAGAAGUUUGAUUUAACGCACUGCAAACAGAAGCGCGCGGAAAUCGAUCCAGCUGCACAUUGGUUUAUUCGUUACUAUCUGUGAUAAUUUAUUUGAACUUUCUCUUACUUGUGUGUUUUUAUUUCAGGCUAAGUCUGAUUUCACAUUCAGGUGCUAGUCAAGACAGUGAGGUAACUUUAAAGCCUCUCUUUACUCACUGUAUAAAUUGGUAAUAUAUCUCAUUAGGUUGAGAAAUUUACUUCACAUCUUAUUUGUGACCUUAACAUUGAUCACAGUCCCUGGUUCAGGGCUAUCUUCUACUUGUCCCUCUGAAAAGGAGAGAACCCUGGGAACGAGGUUGCAACUUUAUCCUACUGGUAGACAACUCCUAUAUCCCUUUUCUGCGUGCUACCACCACUAGGAAUUUCCAACCUGUUUUGUCCCAAGAAUAGUCUCACUUAUUCCUGUCACUUCCCAGUAAAGCUAACAGAGGUGACCUGUCCCACUCCAGUCGUCUUCAUAACAAGCGUAACACGGGAGAGUGAGGUGUUGCGGAUAGCGAGAAAGCGAGAGAGAGAGAGAGAGAGAGAGUGCCGUCGUUUUUCUUCUCUUUCCCCCUGCCAUUAUCUCUUGCUCCCUUGCCACCUCGCACUCAUCUUAACAAUGCAAACUUGGGUUUGAAAAUUCGACCAAAGGUCCAUAUUAAAACACCAGGAUAGUUAACCCUAACUCUCCCCACUACUUCUAAAGGAAAUGAAUAGGGGCAACAAAUGAGAAUUCAAAUUUUGAUCUUAGGGUAUAAAGGGUUAAAGUAUAAUUGCAUCACUCUUGGCAAAAACAUUCAAAUAUCACUAUUCAAAUACUUCAACUUAUUCUUUUUCAGUCUGAUGAAGAUGAGAGCAACCUUGAUGAAAUGCUGUCCUCACUUGAGCAGUCAAUUCUCAGUUCACGUUUAGCGAAGUUGGGUAUAAAACAGAGCGGUGAUAGGGCAGAAGGAGAACAAGCCACGCCCCUUGAAGAUAGAGUCAACUGCGAAACUAUUCACAAAAAAUUCAACAGGACUUCCUGUUACUUAUGUGAACAUGGCUACAGCUCCAACAAGAAAGAAGAGAGAAAGAAAAGUAACUUGAAAUCUUGUCCUUUGUUUGCUGUCAAGGAAAAGAGGAAGCUUAUUUAUCAUUCCAGCUUGUAUCAAACGCCACGCGCCGUUAAUAACUUUCGACUCUUGUCUGUGUGUCACUAAAGAGCAUUUGGUGAUUUACGCGUAGCUUGGUUUGAAAUUGCUACUCCCCUAAGCCCCUUCUUCCUCCUCAGGCGCGCGCUUCUUUUUACCCGUGUUUCUUUCAGGCGCGAGCGCGAAACGCGAGUGACUGGUACGGGUAGAAAUCCUCGUAUUGUGCAUUUCUGUUAAUUUAUUAUUUUUGUUGUUGUUGUUGUUUGCUUUAGAACGUCACCGCCAAAGCCAGCCAGCUGAUUUUAAUGAAGAAAUUGAUGUAGAUUUUAUGAGGGCCAUUCAUCUUUCCCUGCUACAACACAGCACUCCAGCCAAUCACAGAAGCCGAGAAUCAAGCUCUUCUAGUAGCUCAGCAAGCUCAAACAGAGAUCAGACACAGCCUAGGCAAGACAUGGCCGCCGCCAUGACAGUGUUCUCUACUGACGAUAGUGCCUCUCUACAAAGAGCCAUAGAGUUAUCACUUCAAGAUUCUGCUGUAGGAGGUAGCUAUUAACCCUUUAAACCCUAAGAUCAAAAUUUGAAUUCUCAUUUGUUGCCGUAUUCAUUUUCUACAAAAGUAAUAGGGAGAAGUUGAUAAACUAUCAAGCAAAUUCAUCUUGUGUGAUCAUGUCUGUAAUUCUCAUGACCACUCUGUUUUAGAAAGCACUGAUAUUACGAGGAGAAAUUUGAUGCUGAUCACUCUUAGGACUUAAAGGGUUAAUAAACUUGAUAAGCAUGCAUUUUCUUCACACUCUUCUCAAUGCAUUUCCCAUGGUACUAAUAAGGAGAAAUUGAAUAACAAUCCAGACCGUUUUUACUUGCUCAUCAGUUUCUCAUCAGCCUCAUGUUUGAUCAAACAAUGGUACUGUAAGGAAAAAACUACAUGUUGGUUAUUUCUCCUCGAUAGCUAAAAUAAAUUGUUCUGUCUUAUAAAUUUAAAAGGUUCUUGUCGGCCAUAGUGUUUAGUUUCAAUGAAGCUGCCAUUUUUACUAACUUUUGGCAAUGUUUUUUCCCUCAGAUAUAUCCUCGUCUCCUGAUGACGAUAUCAAAAGAGCCAUCAGACUCUCACUGCAGGACAGUGGUCUGCCCCCAGCGGGUAGUGAUGGCAGUGGAAACACGGACAGGUCAUCUUCUCAAAACCAGCAACCAACACUUCCAGCAGAUAGUGACAGUGAUAGUGAUGAUGAAUUCGUUGUUUAGGUAUCUCCCUCCCUCCCCUCUCCCUCCCCUCUCCUCCAUUGAAUUGGGUAAACUGCUGUUACCUACUGUAGCCAACAUGGACGUGUGAAAUCCUACGCCAUUUUCUCAAUCUCUUCACUGUCAAAACAGCCGAUCCACUGCGCCGCCUCUUAACGCGACGUCUGUGCGUCCCUUUUUCUUUCGAUAUCAAUACGAUUGACGUCAAUCGAAUUACUAUCGGCAAAUAUCUAAAUAUCUUCCAAUUUUGGUCAAUGCUAGUUGGUUAUGAAUAAUUAGCGGGGAGAUUUAAGCCAUUCAGAAACGGUAAAUAUAUUUUGAAUGCCAUGAUAAAUAAUGUUAAAUAUAAUUUCUCUAUACUUUUACCUAGAUAUAUUAAGGGGAUGUCUUUGACGAAAAUGUCAUGAUUUGCUAACAACGAGACGUCAGUGUAAUUUAGAAUAACUCUAACGCUAAAUAUGUUCAACAUAAAAUGUUGAAAGUAGGUUUUUUUGUUUGUUUUUUGUUCGUCUGUUUUUUCGUAUGGUUUGCGCUUACUCAUACAUUAUGCGCAGUGUCUGGAAUAUGACCACUGUGGUAAGGGAGCGGUGUUUGGGGGUUGGGGGAAGGGGAGCUUACCCACACCUCCUUCUCCAUGCUACCGCUACACGAGACAGACCGUGUGGUCCUUUCCUAUACUAUCAUAAUAUUCAAUUGCUGGCAUACAGGUUUAACCUGCAUGAAAGUUUAUCGAUUAGGUUUUGUGUAAGUAGCUCAUUUUAAUACUUGUCGCCAUUUUUAUUGUAUUGUAAGAACAAAAAAUCAAGUAAUUGGUGUUAAUUAUAUUAGAACGGCAUACAUAGAUCCCAGUAAAUUUGAAGGAACGA